UUCACAUCAAGGUACUGGUACCUCAUCUGCAAAUAUUUAUAUCGUUGAUCGAAUCUCCUUUCUGCCAGAACAACUCCUCUAUUCUACCUUCCCAUACUCUCAACUACUUUCCUCACCUCCAAGAACUUCAAAUUCCAAAUGUCGUCCUCAACAACACACCUCCAAAACCCACAACCAUCGACGGAAUAUGAUAUGGACGGACAAUUUUCUCUCUCCGCAUAUGCAAGGACGAUGCACCAACACACCAAGAAGCAGAUGGAAGCCGCAUCACGAUCAGCUCGAAGAAGGACAGCGAACGAGACUGGGACGAACGUACACGGACGAUUAAAUCAGGAAGGAAGUGUCUCGAGUAUGGAUAGUACCCGAUCGUCUUGAUCUUGGUUGGGGUUGGUGAUGAUGAACCUUGUCAACCAUCACUGGUGAUAGGUGUCGUGGUUGGUUGGUCCGUCCGUCCGUGUCAUGAGGCUGUACAUAUGGGACAUUGAUGGCGUUAUGGUGUCGUUUGGAUUUGAGCGGCAUUGUGUUAUACUUGGGUGGAUACAUGGCCGGCAGUGCGUACAUUCUCUGAUGAUAUUACUCGUCAUGAUAAAAAUAUAGACGACAGUUCAACUUCCUCAU